UUUCUCUGACAAAAUACUAUAUGAUUUACCCGAGAUCUUGGUGUAUAUAUUUUGUGCAAAAUAAAUACAAAUAAAAACCAUAAAUAAAUUCAAGCUAGCCUUGGAGAAGUCAUUGAAAAAAAUAUUAAAGAAAAAGAAAAAAAUACGUAAAAAAAGAGAUAAAAACCAAAUCGAUUUAAAGAUAUAUUUAUACACACAACGGUUUCACUUUGCGAGUUGUAUACAGAGUAAAUAAUAAUGUAAAGAUAAAACAAAAAGCGAUUUACAGUUAUCGACGCAAAUUGUUCAAUUGUUUGCCUCACGGUCUUUAAAAACCUCUCAAUAUAAAGUAUAAUACACAAAGAAGUGCAAAUCAAUGUGCAAAAUCAAAUUAUAUAUUCAAUAAUUAACACGUAUAAUGCCGCCUAAAAAACUAAACAAACAUGGAUUAACGCAUUUAUUGUAGAUUGUUAUCUAUUGGAUUGAAGUCAACGAGAAAGGUUUGAUCAACGUAAAUCAUCAACUGAAAGUGUUUCAUUUACGUUUCGUGCGCGAAUUUUAUGUGUGUAGACAUCAAAUAAACGACAGCAAAACAAAUUAGUAGCAUCAUCAUCAGCGGCACCAGGAACAACAAUAACCACUGCAACAACAACGAAGGGCACAUCUAACGCUGCGGCUAACAGAUGAGCCCCAACAACAGAUGUCAAUUGCUGCAGCCGAAAAUGCAGGGCUUAGCCCAAGUGACUUACCAGAUCAUUGGGCCUCAGGUACAUCAAAUCCAUCGACCUCGACCAGCAGCAGCAGCAGCAGCAUUAGCGCCAGCGGCAGCAACAACAGCGGCAACCACAACAACAAGUACAACAGCGGCAACAUAUCGGUCUGCAACCUGCCGCGCUCAUCGCCGGCCGCUGCAACAGCAGCCGUUACACUAUCGUCGGCCGCCGGCGGUAUUGGCAGCAACUUGUUGAGCGGCUUGCAUCACGGUCUGGCGCCCGGUACGCAUCCACUGCAGCGCGCGACGGCAGCCAGCGGAGGCGGAGCUGGUGCUGGGGGCGUGGCAGGCGCCUCAACAGCAGCGGCACUUACACUCCAGCAACAUCAGCAUCAGCAGCAGCAACAACAGCAGCAGCAAGCGCAACAGCAGCAUCAGCAUCAGCACCAGCAUCAGCAGCAGGCGCAACAGCAGCAAUUGGCCUACCAGCACCAGCAACUGCAGCAGCAGAUCAUCUCGCAUCGUUCCAUACAAAACAAGGCGGCGGCCACCGCUGCCGCACAAACGGCAAAUCUUGCUGCUGCCCUGCAGCGCUCGGCUGCCAUUAUGAAUGCGGUGGCAUCGCCGAUCUCAGCCAACUCUGCCAACUCAGCGACGUCCGGCCGAAAGAUACGGCGCAAGACGGAUUCAAAGGUCAAUCUGCCCCAAUCACAGAUCAACAAAUGCAACAAUGAGAAGCGACGUCGCGAGGCGGAGAAUGGCUAUAUCGAGCAGCUGUCGGAGAUAUUGACGCUGAACAAGCGUGGAGAUAUGACCUCAACGAAACCGGACAAGGCGGCUAUACUAAACCAAGUGGUUCGAACGUAUCGUGAGAUUUGUGACAAGGGCCAAAACCGUGAUAUAUCCUCAACGUCGACGAACAACAACAACUCCACGACAACGACCAACAACAACACGAAUAGCAACAAUAACAACAACACCAGCAAACCGCAAGCAACUUCAACACGCUGCAGCCGCUGUGCCACGGACAACUGCUCAAUCCAUCCGGUACAACAGGGCGAGGUCUCGUCGACGGAACCACCUCUUCCAGAGCCAUCACUCCUGCUCGGCCAGGUGCCAGAGAUAUCGGCGUACUUUGAGGCACUCGAGCACUACAUCAGCGGCGUCGGCUGGGUCCUGCUGCAGGUGAACGCCAACGGCAUCAUUGAGUCCUGCACGCAGAACAUCCGCGACCUGAUCGGCUAUGAGAAGCAGGAGCUGUACCACCAGCCGCUCUACAUGUACCUCUAUUCGGGGGAUCACGCCAAGCUAGAGCCGAUCAUCAACACAAUGUACAACAAUCCGAAUGGCGGAACUAGCAAUUCCGGCAAUAAUUCUGGUCCAGGUGGCAGUUCUGCUGGCACCUCAGCGGGCGUGUGGGGCGAUCUCGAGGAGCUGAACAACGGCAAUGCCUCACAGGGCUCCAAUUCCAGCGGAGCGGGCGGCCUAGGAGGAGCAGGUGGCGCUGCGGCCGGCAAGAAGCGCAGCAUCUCCACCAAGGUGCGCAUGCUAGUCAAAGACACGCGCACCGCCACCCAAACGUCGUCAAACUGCGAGGAGAAGCCACUGAGGCAGUCCGGCCAUCAGGACAAGUACGAGGAGGUGGUCCUUAUAGCGGCACCAGUCAAGGACGAUGCCGAUGCCAGCAGCUCGGUGCUGUGCCUGAUCACACGGCCGGAGGAUGAGUCGCCCUUGGAGAUCAACAUUCAGCAGCACGUGCAGCAGCAGCCGAUCGAGCAGAUGACCUUCAAGCUGGACAUCCACGGCAAAAUACUCACUCUCGAUCCCACGGCACUGCGGGAGCCGUUCAAGCAGCACCUGCAGACGUGGGUGGGACGCCUGUGGCAGGACCUGUGUCACCCACACGACCUAUCCAACCUCAAGUCGCACCUCCGCGACAUACAGGACUCGGCCAGCGCCAAUUCGCCGGGUGCUGGGGCGGGUACCAGUGUGGUAUCGCGUCCGUUUCGUCUAAGAUUAGGAGCACCGGAUGUAUACGUGCAUGUAAAGGCAAACUCGAGACUGUUCCUCAACCAGACGCCUGGUGAGGGCGACUUUAUAAUGUCCGUGCAGACGCUGCUCAACUCGGAGAACGACAUGAACAGCAGCAACACUGGAGCGGGCAGUGGAGGACUGGGCUUGGGUCAACUGUGCGCCAUGGCACCGAGUCCCUCACUUGCCAGCUCACUGCUCAGCAGUCUGUCCAUGGAUGGUCUGCACGGAGGAACCGGUUCGGGAUCCUCGUCUUCGCCAGCGGCCUCUGGCAUGUUGCCCACCCAUCUGCUGGGCGGACUCGUGGGCGGCGGUCAACAGGGCGGCGGUGGCAACAGCACGCAGACUACAAGCGUGGGCGGACCGCUGAUGAGUAGCGCGAUUAUCAACGGCACCGGACUGCAGCAGCAACAACAGCAGCAGCAGCGAUCCGGCGCCAGCUCAUCGGCCAGCUCGUCCGCGAAUGCGCUGGUUAACGCGUUUACCGCUUCGCCAGCGCCAGCGGAGCACAGCUUCUACGGAAGCGAUACCUUCGAAUUCGACAUUGCAGCACAUUCCUCCUCAUUCGAACUGGAUCCCAGCGGCGGUGUGGGAGCCUGGACGGAUUCGCGUCCCAAUUCGCGAGCCUCUGUGGCCACGCCCGUUAGCACGCCGCGCCCUCCGUCUGGACACGGAUUUAGUCCGGCUGUUUGCGCUUCUCCGGCCACGCCCUAUCAGCUCUCCUCGCACUCCGCCGCCAGCCUGCCCUCGCCGCAGUCAAAUGCCAGUGCCGGCGGAGGCAACUACGGUGGCUUCAACUUCCACUCCUUCGAUUCAAGCGAUGUAAAGCCCGAGAAGGAUGUCCAGCAACAACAAAACCAGCAGCAGUCAAACAACAAUAGCAGCAGUAGCAACCCACUCUUGGGCGGCGGUUUGCCGAAUGGAGUGGGUGGAAUGCUGCUUUCCCAGCAGCAGCAGCAACAGCAGACACCACCGCAACAGCAGCAGCAACAGGAAUCCUCAGAGCGAUUGCGCCAUUUGCUGACCAAGUCACAGAGCAUGGCCGGCGGUCUGGGAGGACUGGGCGAUGAUGAGAAGUACUUCAAGUCAGAGGGCAGCGAGGAGGAGAAGCACACCAGCGGUGGCUUCAAGAUGGGUGGCCAGACCGGAGGGAUGGGAAUGUUUGGACCCAUGGGAUCGAUGGGGCGUGGUGUCGGCAACUCAAGUAUGCUGCACAAGGCAGGCAAUUCCCAGAACCCCAUGCUGCUCAAGCUACUCAACGAGAAGUCCGAGGACGAUGAUGGCAACGGAUCGGGUGGUGGGCCAGGUUCUAUGAACAACUCCCGGCAGAGCGAGCUGAUGCGCCAGCUGAAGAAUCCGGAUGGUGGCAGCCAUGGCAUGCACCGUAACAGUGCCAGCGGCAACAUGAGCACCGAGGAUCUAAAGGCCAUGCUCAAAAUCCAAAGCGAUCCAUCGCUGAACAGAAAGCGAUCGCUAAAUGAGCCCGAUGAUGAUCCCUCUGCCAAGCGAUCGGAGGACAAGCCCAGCAAAUUGUGCACGCAGAACAAGAUGUUGGCCAAGCUACUGCAGAAUCCGCCAAAGAUACCCAAAGCACCCAAUCCCGAGCAGCCACUGCAAGUGAAGACGCUGCCGGACAUCACCAGCUCCACGGUGAGCAGCACGCUAGCCGCUCCGGGUAACCUCAUUAGCGCUGGCAGCACGGGACCCAAAGCGGCAGCCAAUCGCAACCGAAAGCAGCAGCAGCAGCAGCAACAACAGCAGCAGCAGCAACAGCAACAGGUCGCCGGCAUUCCUUCCCAGCAGCAACAACAGCAGCCAAACGAUGUCUACCUCAGUCAGCAGCAGCAACAGCAACUCCAGCCGCCGCAGCUGGCCUUCCAGCACCAGCAACUGGCGACCACAGCAACUACCUCAAUUACCACAGCGGCCUCCACUUCGGCUGCAGCUGCGGCAGCGGCGGCCAUUCUGGGCGAAGGCGACUCGGAGCUGUCCAAGUUGCUGGACAGCGUAAUGGAGUAUUAUCCAGAUGAUACUCCCAUCGUGACCAAUGCCCCAUCCGAGGCCUCGGCAAUCAACGACAUUCAAAAGUCGCUGAUGCUAGACGUGGAGUCGGCGGCCUUUGGAAACGAUCUAAACCAGCAGCUUAUGAUGAGCCAGCAGCAACAGCAUCAGCAACAACAGCAGCAGCAACAGCUGCUGGCGUUGCAGCUUGCCCAGCAGCAGCAGCAACAGCGACAGCAGCAUCUGCAGCAGCCCCCUGCCUAUCCGGGAAUGCUCAACAUGCAACAGCAGCAACACCAACAGCAACAACAGCAAAAUCAGCAACACAUCAUGCAGCGUCUGGAAGCCAUGCGGAAUCAGGGCAACCAGGGUUUCCAGCGACCUCCACCCAUGUAUCCCGCCCGCGGUCGUGGACCCAUGAAUGCGGUGGCCACUCCGGGAGGCGUCGUGUUGCCUGCCCAACAGCAACUGCGGAACAUGCGGCAACAGCACUUGGCGGCCGCACAGCAGAAGGAGCGUUUAUUGCAGCAACAGCAAAAGCAGCAAUUGCUUGUUCCUGAGAAUGCGACUGGCAUGAAUGCGGGCUUGAACAACAUUGGCUCGCUUCUCAACACGACGGGAGCUCCAAAUGUGUCCCUAUCCCGCACGAAUCUGCCCUCAGAUGCCCAGCUCAGUCCAAACUUUGCUCAGACCCUGAUGCAGCAGCAGCUCAGUCCCGGUCGUAGCGCGCCCUACAGCCCGCAGCCCAACCAAGGCUAUGCCCCUCAGUUCCCGCAACCUGGCCAACGACUCUCCCCGCAGCAGCAGCAGCAACUCAGCCAGCAGCAACAGAACAAUGUCCAGCAGCAACAGUUGGCCUACCAGCAGCAACAGGUUGGCGAUGGCGGACGGUCCAACACUCCGUUCGGUUCAAACUCGGGAAUGCAGUCGCCGGGCAUGCAGAAUAGUCCUCAGCAGUGGGGAGCUGGCGGCGGAGGAGGCGGUGGUCCCGGCGGUGCACUGCCGUCAGGCAAUGCCGGUAGAACGCUGCAACAACACAACCCGAUGCUCAUUGCACAGCUGCAGGGCGUGAGUCCGUACAAUGCGCGUCAAUACCAACAGAACCAGAGACGAGGCCUCAAUUCCCCAGGCGCAGUUGGACCCGGCGGCAAUCCGGCGGCACAAGCGGCUCUGCAGCGGCAGAACUCGUUCCAGGGGCAGGGCGGUGGCGGGGCCACAACGCCCGAUGGUUCCGGCGUGGGUUUCGGCGGUCCACAGUCCCCCUACGGCAGCAAUGUAAAUGUUUUCCAGCAGCAACAGUUGCAGCGACUGCAGCGACAGGGCAGCGUGCCACAGGCCACCCAACAUUUGCCAGGCUCGCCACGCUUUGGCUCCUCACCGGGCAGCAGCAACAACACUGAUAGUUCAGCUGCCGCCGGCAACCAGCAGCAGCAGCAGCAGCAGCAACAGCAGCAGCAUCAGCAGCAGCAACAUCAGCAGCUGAUGAACGGGCUGAGCAUGUCGCCACAUCCGCAUACGCACCCGGCGAUGAUGGGCGUGGGCGGCAUGGGCAGUGGCGGUGGCAACGGCAUCAUUGGCCUUGGCGGCGGGGGCGGCAACUAUGGGGCCACCCUUGGCGGCUACGGGCAAUCGCAGCAGGCGAAUGAUUUCUAUGGUCGCGCCCAGACCGCUGGCGGUGGUGGCAGCGUAGCCGGUGGUAAUGCCAACUCCGAAUUCGUGAAGCAGGAGCUGCGCGCGGUGGUCAGUGUGCGGGCCCAGCAGGCGGCUGCGGCAGCCACCGGAGGAGCUGGAGUCGGAGGAGGCGUAGCUCAACGAGGACAGACGCCGCAGAGUCCGUUGCAGCAGGGCUCAGUGAUCGGGGGUGGCGGUGGCAUUGUGGGCGGAGUCAACAGUACAAACACCAUGGGCAACGUCACGCCCACGGGCAGCGGCAAUGUCAGCAACACCAUGCUCAACACGCCGCCGGACCCAACGCUGAGCUUCAGCUUCGAGACGCCGGACUUCUUCACCAGCAGCGCUACGAGGUGACCCUAAGGUGCCUAGUUCAGAACCAAGGAUCACGUACAACCAAAACUUCUCUUGCGCACGCAUUUAUGGCUCUAGAUACGAAAAACAAUAGGAAAUCAACGGAUGAAAGGCGAAGCAUGUACAUCUAAUUAAGAAUAUUAGCAGCACUAUUUAAAAAAUAUAUACCUAAAUAUAUUUAUUUUAUAAUACUAGCAAAUAUUAAUUUUAAAGCAAAAUGGGAACCUCGUCUAAAAGAAAUCGCGAAAACAUAAAUACCAGACACAAGCUCUAGUUAAAUAUUUUGAAAACAGCAUAAUAACUUCAAGAGAAGAUGCAAACAUGAUAUAAGUAAUGCAUAUUUAUUACGUUUAAAGAUAAAGCCUAGUACUAAGAGCUAUAUAUACAAAAGAAUGAAAGCAGAAACAAAGCAAAAACAUAAAUAAUUAUGCAUUAAGUGCUGGCCGUUUCGAGGUGUUGUUAAAUUGAUAUAUGUAUAUUUAAAGAGAAUUAACAUUAAUAUUGCAUAACAUUUGGAGAGGCGUUGGCAACGGCAGCAGUUGGCUAAGCUCUAGAUAUAACGACAAGCGAUUAUAUAAUGUAUACAAUUGGAAGGGAAAGCAUGUAACAUGUAACACACAAAAACACAAACUUGCUGUACAUUUAAAAAAGUAGUGUUGAAUUUUUUCAGUGUGAUAAUUUGUUGAAUUUUAUGUACUAAAUGUUGCUAAUUUGUUGCUGCAAAAGCACGAGGACCACGACCUCCAAAGGCUUUGCUUUAUGUAUACCUUCUAAACCUUUUCAAUCAUCUUCAAAAAUUUCUUUUCAAUUCACCAAUUGACCAAUCAGACCCAAAUAUAUCACUUUGACUAUGGUUAGAAAAACUAUCCCUUUGCUGUAAAUAUUUUCCCUGAGUAUCUUUUCUAAGUUGAGCCGCCUUAAAUUUUAAAUUGUAAUUUAGUUAAUGCACGUUUAAAUUUAUUGUAAUUACUUUUAAAUACUUUUAUAUCAAAGCGAGAAAGCAAAGCGCGCAAAGCAAAGUUGGCGUUGCAAUUUCAUGUGAAGGCUAUUUUACAGGUUUUGUUUAAACUAAUAUGUAAUUUUAACCAUUUUUAUAUUAACUAUUACACAUUAAAUAUACAAAAUUGGCAUGUAUGAUUCAAAACACUUUCAAAUAACAUUUUGCAAGCUAGAGCUAGGCAAAAACGUUUCACGUUUUCUAUUAUGUAAUUUUUUAUUGAUUUUUGAUUUUGUUUAAAUCUUUAAGUCUAUUAAGUUGGGUUCAAUCGUUAUAAAUAUUAUUUUAAAGAAGAAACGAUACAAAUGCUAUACAAAUAUUAUUGAUAUAAAUUUAGUUUAUAAUUUUAUUAAAAUACUGUUUAAACUGCAAAGCCCUAAAUAAAAAUUUAUAUACAAUAUUUUAAAAAUUUCAUGUUUUCUUUAUUUUAAAUCGUCUUUCUUUAUCAAAUUUUUACACUGAAACCGGACGCGAAAACAACGACAAACAACACGAAUAAAUGAAAUAAAUAAUAAAUGGAAACGGCGAUAUUAAAACUUGGGAAAAUAGAAAUACCUCUCGUUAAGUUCAAAAACGUAUGAAAAAAAUACAAAUUUAUUAAAAAAAUAUUAAACGUAACCGAAAAUUCAUUAUUAGAUAUUAAGACGACUAUGGUAAAUUGUAAAUAGAUUGCAAAUGGUUCAGAUAAAAUUACUUCAAUAUCUAUUAACGAACAAAUUUCUAGACGCUGCUAGCUAAAUUAUAAUUGUCACACUUAAAACUAGCUUAGGACGAGAUUUUCUUUAAGAGGCUACAUUUAAUGCAAUUAAAUUAAAAUUAUAAAACAAAAAAUUCAAAGAUGGUGGCCAAUUUUCGGCCCCCGGCUCUCCACAUAGUUUUUAUACUGACAAAACCUCAAACCAGGAAAGUAUAAGUAUGACAAAUGAAUAUACACAAGUAUACUGCAUUUAGCAUUAUAUAUACACUAUAUUAAUAGUUUUAAUGCCAGUUAUUCAUAUAUACCAAUUCAUAAAUAUAUAUAUAUAUUUAUACUGGGUAAGGAUAUAGCAAAUUUCACACACAGCAACACAAAAAGUACAUAUAAAGUGCAUUAAUGAAUUUAAGCAUUUAAUGAAAUUAAUUAAUUUAUAAGCAUGAACAAAUAUUGGGUUUAUUUCGAAUAUAUUUAAAAUAAACAGAUAUUUACAAAUGGUAUAAACUUCAUGGAGUAUACUAGGAAUUAACUAAGUACUACACAUAAAGCUAACUAACCUAAUGCAAAUAAUAUUUACGUGAGUGCAAAGCGGAGUUAGUUUUGAUAAGAUUACCUACUAAUGUGCAUAUAUGAUUUGGUAAGUUGUUCUGUUAUCACGCACGUUCAAUUGAUCAAGUUGCGCAUACAUUUUUGUAAAUACAAGCAUCUUAGAAUUUUAUAAGCAAAAUUAAUCUAGUUUUAUACCAGCUCUCGAUCUAAGCUUUUUUGUCGAAUUGUAGAUACAAAUUGGUUUCGCUGGACACUUCUGAUGAGAAAGUUAAUUUUUUAUUCCGAAUCUGACUAGCGGACGUCCCUAACUAAACCGUACUUAUUUGUUCAUACUGUACAGUCAUAAUUAAACUUAAUUUCUAUGCAACCUAGUACCAUAAAAUUUGUACCAAAUCACACACUGGCGAUUUAAGAUAUUAGCCGAGAAUGGAGAUGGAAUGAGAAUUACAAAACAAAUAAUGCAACGCCCUGUACCCGUGCAUAAUGCCUACAAAGAUUUGUUAAACUUGAUAUUACAAAUAAAAUACUAUUUACUAAAUACAAAAGAUGCCCUGAACCGCAAUGAGUAGUGCCCAAACAUAAGAAUAACGAAAUACAAACCUAAUAUAUAAACUAGCAUUUAAAGGUUAUAACGAAUUCUAAAACAACAGCCUCAAAAAAAAUAGUUUUUAAACAAAAUAGCGAAAAUAGCACAAUUUUGUAAAAAAAGCGAGUAGAAAUUUGUACGAACUCAAAAUAGAACAGAACCGCGAGCAAUAUAACAACAAAUUUCACCCAGCACAACUACUCAAUAUUUAAAUUAACUUCUUUUCAGUCAAUGCAAAAAUGCAAAAAUAGAGGAACGAAAAUAUCGGUUUGAUGGAAGAAGGCAUCGUUGAUUGGCUGUGUUACCAAAUGGAAAAGAGUUGAAAGACCGAAAAACGUACGACGAAAUAGGCCUAAAAUUUGAAAUUGAAAAACAUUUUCAAAAGUAGCGGAUGGGUUUAAAAUAGUUGGUCGAGGUUAGCGUAGUUAGAGGCGUAGGAACCGAAACCGAUAUUUAUAAAGGUUGGUUUUGCCACGUAUAUAGGAGGUUGGAUUAAUGCUGAAUUUAUGGAAGGGGAUCAGAUCUUUAAGAGCAGGCAACUUCAGUUCAAAUUGUCACAUAUGUAUGCAUCUAAUUUUGAUCACUCAUCAACGAUUAUUUAGCGCUUAGAUAAACACAUAAUCGGUAAUUUGGGUAUGCUAGAAUACGUGAUUUGGAGGGAAGACUGUACUGAAGAAAACGGCAAGUUGUUUUAAGAUUAUCAUGAGCAUUUUGAUUAGAUUAUAUUCGUUUAUUGCUGGUUUUGAGUCAGGGCGACUGUUCAUCGCACUACCCGUAUGUUUAAUUCUUUGAAAUCGUUUUACGAAAACUCUCAAACCCUAUCCACACAAACAUAAUGAAUGUUAAAAAUCUCAGUGUUAUGUUGUUGUCAUCUGUCACUGUUUACACGUAUCGAUUGAUUGUCCACAUAUAUGUUGUCUUUGUCUCUAAAAAUCGUAUUGAAUAAUUCAGUGAAAAGAAGCGUAUUAUAAGUCUCUAUAUAUGUACCUUUUGCUAUGUAUUGUAUUUUUAUGUAUCUGUAACUAUAUAAACGCGUACGACACGCCCCACUCCCACUCACAUUUCACACUCUAAUGGGAAGCCCAAAAAACAAAUGCUAAAUUUAACACAAUACACACUAAAAAUUAAUGAUAAUUUUUAAUAACUAAAUCUGUAUAUGUGUAAAUGUAACGUUUGUCUAAGGAUUCACACAACUGAAAGUGAAGAUGAAAAGUUAGGAAACCAAGUAAAGUUUCACUUGAAUUUUCAUUUGAAUGAAAACACAAUACACUUUAAUUUAACUAAGUACUAUACUUACAAGCAUAAUUGAGAAUGUUCACCCACAGACACACAAAACACACACAUGCAACACAAUAGAAAAAUGUUUAAACAAUUAAAUUUAAUGUUAGUGGAGACGGAAUUCUGUACGCUAUGUUUGUACUUACAAAUCGAUAUAUAUAUACAUACAAUUAAUUAAAUUUAUUAAUUAAUUAUACAACAAGAAGCAAGCAAAAAGCAGCAAACAGCAACAAGAACAACAGACACGUUCACUUAAUGUUUAACAACUGAACAAAAACAUUGAAAAUGAGAAAAUGAAAAAGACUAAAUAAAAUAUUAACGAAAUAAGCGUAA